AGAAGCUCCAAAUUAUAACGAUCAUUUCUAAGGCAUUCUUCUUCCCGUACCUCCGUGGGAGGGCUGCGAGACAUUCCUUUCUCAGACGUCCAUUUGGAAACCCCACGUCCCUAAUAAAUAUUAUUUAAUCACGAACGUGAUUGUCGUAUUCACACUUGCAUACUUGGAACUUUAGAAGGCACAAACAGAUUCCAAACAUUUUGGACUACUAUGUAGAUGGGACAGGGCAACCCAUGUGGAUCGAAGUCCAAACUGACUUUAUGAUUAAUUUCAACUACAACUUGCCACAGCACAGUAACAUCCUUCGCAAGUCCUUGUCGGCUUCGUUUUGCUUGAAUAAAAACUCAUUCCAUGAAUACCCAACUCCGUUUGCAAAUACCCAGAACUCCUCAAUUAUGUCCUCCUUUUUAUCCUCACCUACACUCAUUCGAUAUCAAAUCCAGACAUUCUUCAGCAUGGAAAUCAAAGCCGUCUUUAGUAAAUUUCAGAUCACCUCCUUUGAUUUGCCAAGAUACAUAUGAAAAGUCCUUCAUUAAAUGUCAAAAUCGGGAAAUCGGAGCUAGUGAAUGGCAGAAAAAGGAAGAGGAGCUCCCAAUUUCAAAGGGUCUUACUUUGAAUGGGAUCAAUAUAUUAAACUCGCUGAAGAAUGCAAAUUCCUUUAUUCCUCAUGCAGUUGUGGCAAGUACACUCUUGGCUCUUGUAUUCCCACCAUCUUUCACUUGGUUCACUAACAGGUACUAUGCUCCUGCACUUGGCUUUUUGAUGUUUGCUGUUGGCAUUAAUUCAAGUGCAAAGGACUUCAUCCUUGCCAUUAAGCAACCAAGAGUUAUAGCCUCUGGCUACAUCGGACAAAUCAUCAUAAAGCCCUUACUUGGUUUUGCUGUUGGAAAUGCUGCAGUGAACAUUUUCCAUCUUCCAGAGGCCAUUGGUGCAGGAAUAAUUUUGAUAUCAUGUGUUAGUGGGGCCCAACUUUCAAAUUAUGCAACAUUUCUGACAGAGCCUACCAUGGCUCCUUUGAGCAUAGUCAUGACAGCUCUAUCAACUGCUUCAGCCGUCAUCACUACACCACUUCUUACCCUUCUGUUGCUAGGCAAGCAACUGCCUGUUGAUGUAAAAGGAAUGAUGGGUAGUAUUAUGCAAAUUGUAGUUGCCCCUGUUGCAGUAGGCUUGCUUCUGAACAAGUUUGCUCCCCAACUUUGUUCAGUAAUUCGACCAUUGCUGCCACCAAUGUCAGUUUUUGUAACUUCGCUUUGUAUCGGAGCUCCAUUGGCAACAAAUAUCAAUGCUAUUCGCUCUCCUUUUGGACUUACCAUCCUUAUUCUCGUUGUUGGAUUUCAUGCAUUAGCUUUUGUGGCUGGUUAUUUUCUCACUGGUUUUGCCUUUUCAACAACACCUUAUGUAAAAGGUCUUCAGAGAACCAUUUCUUUUCAGACAGGUAUGCAGAGCAGUCUUUUAGGCCUUGCUCUUGCAAAUAAAUUCUUCAAAGAUCCUCUCGUAGGGAUACCUUCAGCUAUUUCGGUAGUUGUCAUGUCUCUAAUAGCAUUUGGCCUUGUAGUGUUGUGGGAGAAAGAGAAGACUGUCAAUCAAGAUGAACUAUUAGCUUCAAGGAUUGUUGACUCUUAGUUGCAAAGAUUUUAAAAUUUUCAUAUAAUUUUAUUCACAUUUGAUGUAACUAGUAGUGAAUGAAAAUUGCAAUAAUAGUUUUUAAAUUGCUCAA